AUAGACUCACCGAAUGUAAUGGAGCCAAUCCCAUUCCCUACCCCUAUAAACACCAUUACAAAACAAAGAGCUUAUCUUCAUCAUGAAUGAAACUUCUACCCACUUUUGUAGUGACUAUAACAUUAACCAAAAUUUGACACUAAACCAAACCCAAUCAAUCUCAUAUCCACUCUCACUCACCCAUUGCAAAAUUGCAUGUGUUUGGAUCUAAACUUUAACCACACUUAACUCUUUCUAAUACUCAUUCUAUACAAUCACACCACUCUCUCUCUCUCUCUCCAACCACACAUAACUCUUCCCCUUUCUCUUUAAUAGACAUUCUAUUGUAUCACACUCUAAUCUCUCCCUCUCAAAUGUUUAAUUUAUUUUUAUCUUUCUCAUUCACACAAUUUCACAAACACAUGGUAAUCACAAUCUAGCUCAAUUUCAAAACCAUCAAAACCCAAAUACCCACAAAGAAAAAUCAACAACCCAUUUCACCAAAUCCAAUCUUCUCUUCAUCAUUAUAACAAAAAUCAAAAUUUUCAAUGGCCCUCGAAACUUUACUCAUAAGAGUAAAAACUGCGUUUUCAAACCCAAACAAAACGACACCGUCGUUUAAAACAAACCCAAAACGCAUCGCCGUUUUAGCAUUCGAAGUCGCCGGAGUUAUGUCGAAGCUUCUCCAUCUCUGGCAAUCACUUUCCGACGCAAAUAUCGUUCGUCUCCAAAACGACAUCGUUUCACUCGAAGGCGUUUUGAAAUUAAUCUCAAACGACAAGUCGUUUCUUCUCAAACUCGCUGUCGCUGAGUAUUGUGACUCGCUCCGACUCGUUGCUGACUCGGUCACUCGACUCAGUCAAAACUGCAACGACCCAAUAUUGAAAACUUUCCACCGAGUUUUCACUGAGUUCGCUGACUCGGGGUUUGACUCAGUCGCGUGGACCCUCACAAACCCAAAAGAAAUCGAAUCAAAACAUAGAAGAAUGGAACGUUACGUGACUCUCACGUUAACUCUUCAUAAAGAAAUAGAUGAGCUUUCACUUUUAGAAAGCACGUUGAGAAAAGCACUUCUCAACAACAACAAAAGCAAAAACAACAAAAACAAAAUCAGUGAUCUUGAGCAAAAGAUUUUCUGGCUGAAACAAGAAGUGAAGAAUCUCAAAGAAAAAUCUUUAUGGAACAAAGGUUUUGACAAUGUUGUUCUUUUACUUGCAAGGUUUGUUUUCACUUUGUUAGCAAGAAUUAAGGUUGUUUUUGGAAUUGGUAAUGGUCAAAGUCAAAGUCAACAUUUACCUUAUUUAUCACGAAGUUUAUCAGCUUCAGCCACAGUUCAUCCUUCUGGUCAACAAAAUCUUGAGAAUUCAAUGAAUUUUGUAUCUGGGUCAUUAAAAAGUUUCAAACUUGAUGAAAAAAAAGAGGAUUUAAAAAGUGGGUUUUUUGAUUCAAAUUGCAAAAAUCUUGAAAAUUCAAUAAAUUUUUUAUCUGGGCCAUUAAAAAGUUUGAAUCUUGAUGAGAAAAAAGAGGAUUUAAAAAGUGGGUUUUUUGAUUCAAAUUGCAUGGUGUUGAAACCACCAAAAGGUAGUUUAGGUGAUUCAGCUUUAUCAUUACAUUAUGCUAAUUUGAUUAUUGUUAUGGAAAAGAUGAUAAAAUCACCUCAAUUAGUUGGUGUUGAUGCAAGAGAUGAUUUAUAUGCUAUGUUACCAAAUAGUGUAAGAUCAUCAUUGAGGUUAAGGUUGAAAGGUUCAAUUGGUUUUUGUGCUUGUGAUCCUUUGUUGGCUAAUGAAUGGAAAAUUGCUUUGGGAAGGAUACUUUGUUGGUUGUUACCUUUGGCACAUAAUAUGAUUAGGUGGCAAAGUGAAAGGAGCUUUGAAGAAAAGAGAUUGGUUUUGAAGAAAUCUAAUGUGUUGCUUUUGCAAACAUUGUUUUUUGCUGAUAAAGUCAAGAUAGAAGCUGCUAUAACUGAGUUGCUUGUUGGUUUGAAUUAUGUUUGGAGAUUUGAGAGAGAAAUGACUUCUAAGGCUUUGUUUGAAUGUAGCAAUAAUUUUAAUGGGUUUUUAAGUUUGUAUAAAUCCAACUAAUAAUAAGGACAUGGUUUUUUUUUUCUUUCCAAUUUUUUCUUCUCUAAAUUGGAAGUUAAUUUUGGAAAUGUUGAAGCUACAAAUCCAUGCUUUUGAUAGUUGUGUAUCGAAAACGUGGUUCCAAAUUUGUACUAAGUCGGUGAAUAGAGAUUGAAGACUUGCUCAAUUGUUUGAUCUUUGAUGUGAUUAUUGACUAUAAGAACUUCCAAAGGUAAGGAAUCCAUUUUGGUAAAUUUUGUAUUUCUAUAAAUAUUAGGGUGGUUGGUUUUAGAUGAUGAAACUGAAUUCAGAUCCUUGAGGGUUUUUUGGUUCUAAGAAGUAUGUAUAUGAAAUAUAGAUUUAUGUAAAGGUGUAUGAAUUUUGAGCAAAAUCUACAAAGAAAUGGAAUGGACUUUUUCAUGAUUCAUGGCA